AUGUUCAAAGGUAUACAUCACGUUGCUAUUAUUGCAAAGGACUAUGAGGUCUCCAAACAUUUCUACAUAAACACUCUUGGGAUGAAGAUCAUCUGUGAAACGUACCGAGAACAACGUCAAAGUUAUAAAUUGGAUAUUCAAGUAGCAGAAGAGGGAACACCAUCACAGAUAGAGCUCUUUUCGUUUCCCAACCCCCCAUCUAGACCAAGCCGACCCGAGGCUGCUGGACUUCGGCAUCUAUGCUUAGCAGUUGAGGACCUUGACAAGGCGAUGCAAGAGAUCAAGGCGCGCGACGAUCGAAACCUAAUCGUAUUUGAAGACGUUCGAGUAGAUGAAAUUACUGGAGAACGCUUUGUAUUCUUUGCAGACCCCGAUGAGUUGCCAAUAGAGCUUAAGCAAGUUGGUAGCUCAUGGUAG